UGUCCGAUUCGCCGGCUGUCGGUGCUUCACACAAUUUUUAUGAGAUUAGUACCUAUAAUUUUAUUGCAGAAUGGUGCUCUUUCGCCUUUUUAGAGUAAUACCUAGCGUCCGUGUUUCCUCAAAAGAUGUGAGAACUGACUCGGCAAAGAAAGGGACGUUGAAAACAUUCUUGAUUAGAAAUAUAUCUUCUUCAAUAGCGUUACAAGGCCUUGACCACAAGACAGUGGUGCAAGCUGUCCAGAGACAAGAAGAUAGAGAUUACGUUGGUCCUCCACAUCCUGUGUCCAAGUUGCGUCCAGUGCUUUAUUGUACUGCAAAACAAGAGACUCCAUUGCAAGCUGCUCACCGUACUUCUCUUCUUGAGACUCAAAGCUGGAACCAAAACUAUUGGCUGCAACACAAUACUGCAUUUGAGAAAGAGAAACAAGCAUUCAUAACCAAGAAGUUAUCAGAAAAAUACUCCAUAGCUUCAAGACAUGGCAAUGAGGAUCAGCUCACUCUAACAUCUGAAGAGAUGGCUGAAUUCUACAAGCAAUUUUUAGAUCAGAACUUUGACCAGCACAUGCAAUACAAUCGAGAAUGGUAUAAGAGAAAUUUUAAGCACAUUAUUAUGGCUGCUAAAGUGUGGAUUGAGAGCAAAAGAAGAUAGCUAAUGUUUCUUAUUCAUUCAAUAUUAUGAUUAUUUUAAGUCAAUUAUAUUGUUGGAGAGGGAGAAAAUCAUAGUUGGAGUAUCUGUUGCAGAAAUAUUAUUAAGAGUAAUUUUUAAGAUUGUUAUUUUAUCUGAAGCUUGUCUGCAUCAUUUAUUUACCGCAAUAUGAUACCUAUUCAUCAAGUCUGAACCUUGAAACCACCUCAUCAUAAGUUCCAUUUACGCAAGUUUUAAAAAAUAAUGGACUAUGCAAAACGAGUAAAACCAUCAUCCACACUGGGCAAGUUU